AUGGCAGUGAAAUUAGUAACAACCUGUUGUAUAUGUGCUGUAAUUCUGGUCGAGCUAAGCACUGCACUUCUGAUAACACCCCUGCCAAGAAGUCAUGAGGAAUAUAUGGAUCGAAUGAAGGAAUUGCUUCGAUCGCAGCCGCAGCAAUUAUUCGAGCCAGAAAUUGAGCAGGACUUGAUCGGCGAUCGGACUGCAAAUUUGUUGAGGUAUGCAGUCUGGGAGCUUAAUACGGUACCGGGCAUUAAAGCUCCAAAUGCACUCCGAAUAGAACCUCUUUUUGCGAGAGAUUUUGUCGAGUGGUGA